CGAUCAGGUGAUUGGAAAACAAGCAGGAGAGUUAAAAAUAGUUAAUGCAGGUAAUGUCUCAAUAAAGAAUGCAAUGCGACUAGAGUGGACUAAUUUUGAAGAAAUAAUCCCAACCAUAUCCACGAAGUUGAAAGAAUCAACCAUCUGUUAUGUAACUGCAAUGCCAAAUGAAAUAUUUGAAAGAAUUUUCCAAUACCACAGCAUGAAUGGGAAAAAAAUAAAUAAACUUUUAUUGGUUAAUAAGCAAUGGUAUUACAAUGCUAGUAGACUAAUAUGGCAUAAAAUAACUCUAACAGAUAUCUCCAGAGUCAAGUUUACUAAUGCAUUGAGUAAAAAUACGAAGCCAAAAUCAUGUGAACAAGUAUUAUCUCUGAAAUUUAUUGGAACAAUAAAUAUAGGACCGGAUGUAUAUAUUUCUGAAGUGUGUAAGGCAUGUGCAAAUUUACAACAGCUAAGUUUUGAAAAUUGUAAGUUGCGUAUAAUUAAUAAUAAAAAUUUAGAAGCACUUUUAGUUGAGUGUCCCAAUUUAAAAUUACUUGCAAUAAGAGGUUCCAGACGCUUAAGCCCAAAAACAAUUACAAAAAUUCCAAAACUGGCUCCUAACCUGAAAACGAUAGAAAUUAGUAAUUGUUUGCAGAUUAAAAAAGAUAUAAUAGCCGAUUUUCAAAACUUAUAUCCAACAAUAAGGCUUAUAUUUGUUGACCAACUCAAACAGUAA